AUGUCCUUGUGUUCGCCCACCCCAAAUUAUCCGGACGGAUAUAAAAAGAGGCAGCAAGGUUCUAAUCCAAAUUUAGACGCUGCCAUUGUCACAAUGAAACAUUCCUUUUGGCACUGCCCAAACAGUCCGUCCUCCCAUGACGGCAUCUACGUGCUCAGAACGAUUGUUCUCUCGGUGGGUCUUUUGGCCAGCAUCUGCACCCUCGCCCUACUCUGUCUUCUUUCCGGUCGUACACGCACUACCCUCACCAUGCUCCGUGCUCUCAUGUUCUCGGGUGCUGUGUGCAACUUUCUGGAGCUCUGUAACCAACAGCAGGCUGUCAUCCUGCCGCCCUCUACUAACAACCUUUUGGGGGCGAGCGUAUGCGCUGUUUGGCUAAGCGGCUUCUUGAAUUCAGCCCUCCACCUCUUUGAGUCACUCGUACUUGUCUACAUGGUGGGUAACAGGGCCAUUCAGAUCGCCUUUAAGUACCAGUACUCCUUCCCCACUUCUGCCUGCGUGGAUGUGGUCUGCGCCGGCAUCACGGGUCUGGCUUGCUUCCUCUUUGCCCUGCCACAGUGUUUUACAGUUGCCUGGCAGGAGGGGCACUGCAAAUGCCUCGAGAAGGAUCUGUCGUACUGGCUCAUGACAGUCAUUUACGCCGCGAGCUUUGUUAGGCAGGCAGUGGACACCCUCCUCAGCGCCACAGCGUUGGGUAUUUCGAACGUUAAAAUCCUGCUCUGGGUGCGCAAUACACCACCGGAGAAGCUGGUGGACACACUAAAUAGUCUUACUUUUUCAAACACGCCGAAUGCCCUAAGAAAGGAAUUCGACCGACCACAGGGUUGGUGGACAGCAUCCAUGUGCAUGGUGGCUUUGUCGAUCAACUUCCUCCUCUUAACUGUCGGUAGCAGUGUGCAGAGACUGCUUUGUGCGGCAGGGGUGUUUCUACUGGAGGCCAACAGUUAUGCGACUAGGGUGGGCGAUCUACUUCGGAGUUUGCAUCGAACCACUGCUCCGUUCAUCGUUGUGAUUUAUAUACCGGCUUUGCGCCGUCUGAUAAAGGAUCUCUACUGGAGUGUGGUGGCAAGUUUCAGGCUCCGAGUGAGGAAGAUUCCAACAUUAACAGCUGGCCAGAUUGAAGUCGCACAGUGA